UUUCCAGGGGAGCAUUCUAUGCUGAUACACUUCGAUGCCGGUUGUUGAUGUGACCUUCUCCGUUCUAAAGUGUUCUGCUAUUAUCUUCUUACACUUAUGAAAAUAUUUACUACGUAACUGUUGCAAGUGUUGCAGAUUUUAUGAUCAUGGCUUUAAAUACAAUUGGCCAGCCUUGCAAGAGUAUAUUUAGGUGUCUUCAGGCUGUGGUCACCCACAGGUGUUUGCAAGCAACAUCCACAUUUCACACUACAGUCUUUCAGUCAGACUCCAACAGAACGUGUGUGGUCCGCUUCGGGAGGCAGAAGUAUGAGAGGAUGUAUCCCGUUCUGUUGGUGAGACCUGAUGGAUCCACCAUCAACAUCAGAUAUAAAGAGCCCAGAAGAAUAAUGAAGAUGCCCGUGGACAUCACCACCCUCUCAGAGGAGGAGAGGAAAAUCAGGAUGCGGAAAAGAGAACCAAAGAGGGCAGCAAAACAGAAAUUGGAUGAUUUUGAGGAUGAUUUCAAAGUUGAUGAUUACAGCAAAUUCUGGAAGAAGAAAUAGAUGGACUGAUAUUCAGAUGAUUCAUGUCGUCUCACAUGUAAAAUAUAGCAAUUUUGUUUAUGUCACCCUGCUAUUAAAAAGUCUUCAAAUGUU